GUAGAGACAUUUCACGUGACUGCUAAAGAGGCAGCCUCUCCGUUUAGUCACGUGGUUGGAGAAAUGGAUCAUGGGAUAUGAAGUUUGACUGCUGUGGUGGAGGGAGCUGCAAGAUUAAGGACAUUGUAACAGUGAGGUUCACGGUUGGGCGGAGCCUGGAAAAGGGAAGCAAGCGUGGUUAAAGCAGUUUACAUACGGCUGUCCAGGUUUCAGACACAUGAGGCUGGGAAGAAGUGAUUGCUGUUCCUCAGGCAUAGAGAUUGCUGUGUCAACCAACACGGAAAUGACUAAUGCUCAUGUAUCCAGCUGAAGCAACUAUAAACAUUCUAAGAAACAUUGCUAGUUCUUUGUGUAAUUUUUGGCACAACUAGCUAGCAUACAGACUGCAUCUCUUUCUCAUUCAAAAUGUAUUGCUUCUCUGUUAAGACUUAUUUAGGCAAAUCCAGUUAAAUCACAUGGAAAUUCUUAACCUGAUUAAAACAGGAUUUUUGCUACCUGCUACAUAACAUGAAAUGAUUUAGUAGGUAAAAGCAAUGGAAUACAUGGACAAAGCACCAGUAAUGUUAAUGUGAUGCCUUAUAGAAAAAGAUGAUAAACUGUAAAGAACAAAUCUUACUUGCACACAAUUAAUUCAAAAAGUGGAAUUUAUUAUUAUUAUUAUUUUGAAUUAAAUUAAGUACAUUGUCAUCAAAAUGCUAAGAUUAAAGUGAUGGAAAGUAGAAGUCUCCGGAUACAGAGGAGGAAGCCAGUUCGAAAGAGAGUCUUGCCACCAGGCCAUAGUCUGCUGACUCCAACCAAAAAGAGAAUGAACAGCAGAGAGGAUGACAACAUAAAGUGCCAUGAAAGUGAUGAAGACCUCUUUGGGGAAUAUGACAGCUUUGCUGAGGAUCUUGACCUACUGGCUCAGGUGGAUGACUUAGAAAACCAGGAAAAGCUAGAGCAAUGUAAUACCUUUCCUUGUUCCAGUUCAGACCAAAGACCUGAGGACCCUAAUCACAAUGAAGAUAAAAUUAAACAUUCUACUAGUGGGGAGCUGUCUUCACUAUUCCAGUCAGGGCAGACAGCCCGCUCAUUAAGAAUCACAAAUGAAUUAAAAGGUAAAAGGAAAGACUUUUUAGAUGUCAUUCCAUGCUCUCAGCUGCCCUGCAAUGAAGAUUCAAACCUACGUACUGGUUUUCCUUGUGUUAAAGCAAAUGGAGCCCAGGACAUUUCAAGGAUGGAUAAAAGGAAAAGCUUAAAGGACCACCUCAAAAGCACCUUGGCUGUAAAUGCAAAGGUACAAACACCAAGGAUAUCAAGGACUAAGGAACUCAAAAAAGCCAUUCUUUUAGAGGAAUUUGAUGUAGCUCAGCAGACUGUGAAAACCUCGUGUGAUCUUGACUUGGGACCAUUUUAUGGCUUACCUAGUAGGGUUCGUGAUCUAAUUUAUCAGUUUAGAAGAAUUAAAAAACUUUAUGACUGGCAACACACGUGCUUGACCUUACAGUCUAUAAAGGAACGGAAAAACUUAAUUUAUUCACUACCUACAAGCGGUGGAAAAACGCUUGUUGCUGAAAUUCUCGUCCUUCAAGAACUUCUGUGCAGACAAAAAGAUGUACUCAUGAUUUUACCUUAUGUUGCCAUUGUACAGGAAAAGGUUCGAGGCUUGGCCAGUUUUGGAGUUGAGCUAGAUUUUUUGGUUGAGGAAUAUGCUGGCAGCAGAGGCAGGUUUCCUCCCAUUAAAAGGAGAACAAAAAAAUCGCUGUACAUUGCCACAAUUGAAAAGGGUCAUAGUCUUAUUAACUCCCUUAUUGAAACAGGACGGAUCAACGAUUUGGGUCUCAUUGUAGUUGAUGAGUUGCACAUGCUUGGUGAAGGAAGCAGAGGAGCUAUUUUGGAAAUGACUUUGAGCAAAAUUCUCUACACCAGUACAAGUAUACAAAUCAUUGGCAUGAGUGCAACUUUAAACAAUGUAGCAGAACUGCAAAAUUUUCUGAAGGCUGAGUAUUACACAAAUAAUUUCCGACCUGUUGAAUUAAAGGAAUUUGUGAAAGUUCGUGAUUGUAUAUAUGAAGUUGACAGCAAUGCAGAAAAUAACUUAACAUUUUCACGUCUUCUCAACUACAAGUAUUCAAACAAUAUGAUGAAGAUAGAUCCUGAUCAUGUUGUUGCCUUGGUGACGGAGGUGAUUCCAGCCAAUUCUUGUCUCGUUUUUUGCCCCACAAAAAAGAACUGUGAAAAUGUUGCAGAAAUGAUUUGCAAAUACUUAAACAAGUUAUAUGUAGAACACAGAGAGGCAGAAAAAAAAAACUUGAUUGCAGAUCUUAAGAAUAUUGGGAAUGGAGUUUUGUGCUCGGUUUUAAAAAGAACAAUUCCUUUUGGCAUUGCUUACCACCACAGUGGGCUGACUAGUGAUGAACGGAAGCUGAUAGAGGAAGCCUAUUCAGCUGGAGUUCUUUGCCUCCUUGCCUGCACCUCUACCCUUGCAGCGGGAGUUAAUCUUCCAGCUAGAAGGGUUAUUUUACGAGCACCUUAUGUUGCUAAUGAUUUUCUGAAGAGAGCUCAGUACAAACAGAUGGUUGGUAGAGCUGGCCGUGCUGGUAUUGAUAGUGCCGGGGAGAGCAUCCUUAUAAUACAAGAAAAAGACAAGGAACUGGUGCAAGAAUUAAUAAGCAAGCCAAUGGAGAACUGCUACAGCAAUCUCAUGCACAACUCUGGUAAAGAUUUUCAAAGCCUGCUAUUGUCUUUAAUUGGACUUAAGAUUACAAAAACAGCAGAGGAAAUCUACAGCUUUGUUUCCUGUACAUUAUUCAGUGUUCAGCAGUCUGUACUUUGCAAAGCGAAGAAUCUCUUGGAUGUAACAAAAGAAUCUCUAGAAUGCUUAGUUGACAAGGGCCUCAUUUGUGGAAAAACGUGUAGUGAAACAGAGCAGUAUAUAUUUCAAGUCUCAAAGCUAGGCCAUGCAACAUACAAAGGGUGCAUUGAUUUGGCUUGCUAUGACUUGCUGUACAGCGACUUAAAUAGGGGCCUGGAAGGUCUUGUUCUGGAGAGUUUUCUUCACCUUCUUUACCUUGUGAUCCCAUAUGACCUUGUUGGAAAGUUUAACCCGGACUGGAUGAUCUACUUCAGACAGUAUAACUCACUCAGUCCUGUAGAACAAAAAGUAGCAGCAAGUGUUGGGAUUCCAGAAAGCUUUCUUGCGCGGAAGGCUUCAGGUCAAACUGUAAAAACUAGUGCAAAUAAUAUGGUUGUGAACAGGCUGUAUCUCUCCUUCAUACUUUACACCUUACUGAAAGAGACUGAUAUUUGGCGUGUGUCUGCAAAAUUUAGCAUCCCGCGAGGAACUUUACAGAAUCUUUUGAGCUCAUCUGCUUCCUUCUCAUCUUCUGUGCUUCAUUUCUGCGAGGAAUUAGAUGAAUUCUGGGCAUAUAAAAGUCUCCUUCAGGAACUUACCAAAAAGCUUACUUACUGUGUGAAAUCAGAGCUCAUCCCACUUAUGGAGGUGGCAGGUGUUAUGGAGGCUCGAGCUAAGCAACUCUACAAUGCUGGCUAUACUAGUUUAGCACAUUUAGCCAAUGCUGAUCCCGAGGUGAUGGUGAAAAAAAUUGAACAUCUGUCCAGACAUCAGGCUAAGCAGAUAGUUUUUUCAGCCAAGAUGCUCGUAAAUGAAAAGGCAGAAGCUCUUCAAGAAGAAGUUGAUGAACUAAGUCGUCUACCACCAGAUCUCCCAUGACUUUUACCAGAAAAUUGUAUAAUUUCUUUCAUGAAUUUAUUUCACAGUUAUAUAAUUAUUGAACUUUAAUAUCAAAUGUCUGUAAUAAAAACAUUAUAUAAAUGUAUACUGAUUUUCCUCUUACAUUAUGAUGCCUAUUUUGGCAAAAUGUAUGGUGCAUAUUAUUUUAAUAAAGUACUUGAAAACAUUAACUUACAACACCCAUUGAUUGAUUCCCAUUUAGUCUUUUUCAAAAUGUAAAUGUUUUGCAUAUUUACAGCGCUCACACAUACUUGCAUACACGCACAUUUUGCCAAGUGCACACACAUUCAUACACCCUUACACAACUUUGUUUUUGGGUUUUUUAAUGCAUCAUGUUUUUUUUUGCAUGAAUAAAAAUUUUUAUUGCCAUUA